AUGCGGAACCCGCAUCCCAUCUUGUACUCUUCCGUCUCAGCAGUUCCCCCUUCUUCGCCCUACCCGUCCAUUGCGACCCUCAUUUCCUCGUGUUCGUCGCUCAUCGUUGUCCCGUCGUCACCGCAUGUGUCGCAUCCCGCACGGCAGGUGAUGGCGUCACAGAGCAAGAUCUACAUGGUGCUCGAACUUGCCGCCGGCGGGCAGCUCUUCGACCGCAUCGUGCACCGCGGGCGGUUGGCGGAGAGCGAGGCGCGGCGGUACUUCCAGCAGCUGGUGGACGCCGUCGACUGCUGCCACGCCAAGGGCGUCUGCCACCGCGACCUUAAACCGGAGAAUUUGCUGCUAGACGAGCGCGGCAAUCUCAAGGUGUCGGACUUUGGGCUGAGCGCCCUGCCGCAGCAGCAACACCGCGACGGGCUGCUGCACACCACCUGCGGCACGCCCAACUACGUCGCCCCUGAGGUGCUGUGCGAAAAGGGCUACGACGGGCGGCUAGCGGACGUGUGGUCGUGCGGGGUCAUCCUCUUCGUGCUGCUCGCCGGCUACGCGCCCUUCCAGGACAGCGACCUGCGCCCGCUCUACCGCAAGAUCCGUCAUGCACUCUUCUCCUUCCCCGCGUGCGUCUCGCCCUCCGCGCGCGCCCUCAUCUCCGCCAUCCUACAGCCCGACCCUGCCAAGCGGCUGACGAUAGAGGGCAUAAGGCAGCACGCGUGGUUCAAGCCGGGGUACAUCCCAGCGCAGCCCAGCCCCGAGGCCCCAGUGCACACAUGCGACAUCGACACCGCCUUCUCCCACCACCACCUGCUCGGCCUCUCCGCCCCCACACAACCGCUCUCAACCGCACCGUCGCCGCUGCCAGCGCCGCCACCCUCGCAGUGCGGAGCGGAGCUUCGGAUCACUGCCGUGGAUUCGCUCCCGCGCUCCACCUCCCCGCCCCUCCCCUCGCCUUCUUCCGACGCGAGUGCUGCCCCCUCCUCGUCCGCGCUCUCCGCUGGUCCCUGUGCCUCCCUGCGACUUAGCGCAUGGGGGAGCGAGCAGGGACUGGGGGAGCGAGGAGGGAAAGGAGCCGGGAGUGAGGGGCAUGGGAGCGAGGGGGGCGAAGGAGAGAGGGCAGAAGGUGGAGGAGUGAAGGAGGGUGGAGUGGGAGCAGCAGCAGCGGAGGAGAGUCCAGAGCUGAUGAACGCGUUUGACCUGAUAGCACGUGCGCACGCGCUGAACCUAGGAGCGCUCUUUCACCGCCGUGCCGACCCUGUUCCGAGACAAACCCGCUUCGCCUCGCGCUUGCCGCCCGCUCUCAUCCGCUCGCGUCUCCUCGCGCUUGCGCCGGCCCUGCACGCUGAUGCCCACGCCAAGCUCUUCAAGAUCCGAUUCUGCCGACCUGCAAGGAACAGAGGACGAGAGCUGACCGUGGUGAUCCAGAUAUUUGAGAUGACGCCGGGGGUGUUCAUGGUGGAAGCACGCAAGGAUGCGGGUGACACCCUCGAGUACCACAAGUUUCUAAGUUUGUCACUCGCACUCGCUGCUUCCUCUCUUCCACCCGACCAGUUCUACCGUGCACUGCUGGCACGCGUCUCCGACAUGGUGUGCCACGACGGCACUCCCACGCCCCAUCCCUCCAUCGCCCCGCCCCUCGCCACUCCUCUUGCUCCUGCGACCCUCCCAUCCUCGCCUCGCGACUCCACCACCUGUGCCUCUGCACCAUCGCCCGGCGUGUUUGGCAAGCCAGGAGUGCUGCAGGAGGCAAAGCCGAAUCUCACAAUGGACAAGGCAGAGCAGUUGAUACGGUCACAGCAGGUUCACUCAGCCCAUAGGCGGGCAUCUCUGGAUGAGGGCCGGAUCGUCACCACGCAGGCAUGUAGCAGUUUUGAUGGCGAGAGAGGCAGGAGAAGAUCCAUGGACGAUGCCAGCCAGGCAAUUGCUGAUAUGGUAACAAGAGAAGCAGCAGCGGCUGCAGCUGUGGCAGAGGCAGCAAGGAGAGAUGAAGAGCCGUUCAAAUCCCCUGCAAAGACCAGGUCAUUGGAUUUCUGGCCUGGAUCGUUGAUGUCGUCGGUGCUGCAGUCACCCCUCUUCAAGACCCGCUCCUCCGCAACUGCAUCGCCCUCCAAGCCUCCAUGCAGCCCUCUGCGCCACGACCUCCCUGCUUUGAGCCUGACACAGCUGCACAGCUGCUCCUGCUCCUGCUCCGGCCCUGUGUGCCAUUGUCGGGCGGCGCUGAGCUGCAGUGCUGACAGGAGUGGAGAUGGUGAUGGCAGGGGUGAGAGUGGGGGUGACACGGAUGCUGUGCAACUGCUGGAGGUGAUGUGA